AUGGGUACAUUUGUGACCCUGGCAGAAGUGUUGGAGGCCCGGGGGUCACCACUGGACGAGGACGAGGUCUGGUGUCUGCUGCUCGCCACCACUGAGGCCCUUCUGGACAUCUCCAAAAAAAGUUCUGGCAACAUGUGCAGCGUGCUAAGCCCAGGCUCGGUGCUACUGUCAGCCACUGGGAGUCUGGCCUUCAAGAGCUGUGCAAGAUAUGAAGAUAUUGCCUCCUUCACGGCUCCUGAGGUCCAGCAGGCUCAUGUUGCCUCCACCAGGACUCCAGCUGAAAAGAUGGUUGUUUACUCACUGGGGAUGACUCUUUACUGGUGCGUUGAUUAUCAUCUACCUCAUAACCAGCCAGUCCAGCUGAGUGCAGGGCUGGAGGGUUUACUGCUUAGUAUGUGUGAAGAAAUGGUGGUGAGGCGGACUGACCUGCUGACAGUGCUGGAGACGUGUGAGCUUCACCACAAGGCCGCCAUGCUGCCUCCCGCAGAGCGCCUCAUAAGACAUCUGGUUGAAGAUGUCUACAGGAACUCAGUUGAUCAUGUGUCCAUGGCUGAAAAUGGAUCCCAGCUAACAGACCGCAGUCAAAUGGUCAGGGACAGAUUACACAGGGGCUCCUUCAGUUACUCAACUUGGGCGAUGAAGAAGAAGAUUUCUAGAACAUUCUCGGGAGCAUCUUAUCCAUCCGAGCAUGCAGGGAUCACCUCUGGAGGUCGACACAGAGAGAGUUAUGGCAGCUGGCAGCAGCUGAACCGCAGCCCCUGUAGUCCGUACAUGGACGGUCAUCGGAACACCAACUUAAGAUCCCUCACACAGUUUGACUCCACAAUGAGCCUGAAUGACAAGAAAGCCAAGGACCUUGGUCCUGAGUUUGUGAAAAUCUUAGAUGAGCCACUUGUCACCUUGGAGCUGCCUGGAUCCAUUUUGUCAAAGAAAGGGAAAUCUUCAACCACCCAGAGAGAGCUGAGUGUGGUGAUGCCCAAUGGUCAGAGCAUCCUGGUCAAGUGUGAGGUGAAAUCCCGAGGAGGAGACGUCUUUGACAUGAUUGUGGCUCACUCCAACCUGAUGGAACAUUUCUACUUUGGCCUCGCCUACAUUGAUGAUAGUGAGUUUUUCUUUGUGGACAACGAUACCAAGAUUUCCAAAGUUGCUCCAGAUAGCUGGAAGAAAGUGCCUACAACCACCUUUGUUCUUUACUUCAGGGUCAAAUUCUUUGUCAGUGACAUUUCUCUUCUUUUACACAAACAGACCCGCCACCAGUAUUACCUCCAGCUCAGGAGAGACCUUUUGGACGACAGGCUGUCCUGCCAAGAGGAGACUGCUCUGUACCUGGGAGCUCUGGCCCUGCAGACAGAAUAUGGAGACUGCAUGCCUGAGGUGUAUGGUAGGAAUUACUACCGCCCGGACCAAUACAUCCCCAAGAGUGUGAUGGAGAAACGUGCCUUGCCUUACAUUAAGGACGAGCUGCUACGACUUCACACCAACAACGCUCAGAUGCUCACUGACGAAUCAGAGCUCGACUUCCUCAAAGUGUGUCAGCAGUUGCCUGAAUACGGUGUGUUGUUCCACCGUGUGACGCGUGAAAAAAAGCCUUUAGAAGGAGAGAUUAUCCUCGGGGUUUGUGCCAAAGGAGUCAUCGUCUAUGAGGUCAAAGAUGGCUGCAGGUCCACUAGUCAGAAUUUCUUCUGGAGGGAGACCGCAACCAUCUCCUCUAAUAGGCAUAAAUUUGUAAUAGAGAGCCGUGGCAGCAAGAAGAAGUACAUCUUCAUCACGGAAAGGUCAAAGAUAGCCAAGUAUCUGUGUAACCUGUGCUCCGCCCAGCAUAAGUUCAACAAUGAAAUGAACUCUCGCCAGCUCACCCACAGCCUGAACUCAGAGGCGAACAUUGUGCAGUAUGCAGCAGUUUGUCGUGCUCAGAGCAGCCGGCUCAAGUCCUACUCAUGUUCAGAGACGCCACAGGAUGAAAGUGGACUGACCACGCCUCAGGAGGAGUCUCUAACCAAGCUGUGUGAUGACGUCACUGCAAGGAUCGAGGCCCGGGUUAAACAGCAGCAACAGAGCCUCAACGAGCAAAGCACCUGCUCCAGCAGUCAGCGCAGCAGCACUGGCAUGCGUUCCCCAGCAUUCUCUCUGAGGAGUGGAUCUGAGGCCCCCUCUGGUUCUCCAGCAUUAAGAGAAACGUCGCCUAAGCUGGGAUCAUCAUCAGAUAGAGAAGUCAUUUGUGUUUCCUUAAAGAAAGACCCAAAGCUUGGCCUCGGUAUAGUGAUAGUGGGGGAGGACACUGUGGGGUGUUACGACUUGGGCAUCUUUGUUGCCUCCAUUGUUCCUGGUGGACCAGUUGACAAGGAUGGACGCAUCAGACCAGGUGGUCGUCUGAUCUCUCUGAACCACAUCAGCCUGGAGGGUGUCACCUUCAGUGAGGCAGCAGAUGUCAUGCAGAGCAGCCCAGAGGAGGUGCAGCUCAUUAUCUCACAGCCCAAAGCUUCCCUCAGUAACAACAGCGUGCGCUCUCCUGUGCUGAGGAAUUACGAAUCCCAGCCCACACUGAUGACAGGCGGCCGAUCAGAGGACAGCGGCCUGGAUAUCGUUUCGGUCAUGAUGACACCAAAGACCGGCAACAGGCUGCACGUCCCCUGUGAAGGACGAGUCCUUGGUGCACAGGACUGCUGCUCUCUGUCUCCCUCUCUGAACUCUGUGAGGCCAGAGGAGAUUACUGUGGAUCUCAGGAAGAUAGCAGGAAGUCUGGGCAUCAGCAUCUCGGGUGGAGUCAACACUAACCUUCCUAAUGGAGGAGUCUACAUCAAGAGUCUCGUAGCAGGAGGGGCUGUAGAGAGAGAUGGACGAGUCCAUACAGGUGACAGACUGUUGGAGGUGGAUGGAAUUAGCUUCCAGGGCUUCACAUAUCAGCAGGCUGUGGAGCAUCUGAGUAAAACUGGAGAGGUGGUGACCAUGGUUGUGGAGAGGGAGCUUGUGAACCUGCCCAGGGUUUCUAUCAGUGCAGACACCAGCAGCAGCGCCUCCAAUCAGAGCCUCAGUCCAGUCACCAGUCGGCCAAGACUCAAAAGCUGCUCGUCCAACAGCACCCCUACGAGCACGAUCAGUGACCAGCCCAGAGACUACAGCUUCGUCACUGAUGACAACACCCAGGAGGUGACGCUGACCAAGAGUGCAAAAGGCCUGGGAUUCAGCUUCCUCAUGUGCGAGCUGGAUCCACCCACACAGGACUUUGGCAGCCUGGUGCGGAUAAAGCAACUUUUCCCUGGUCAGCCGGCACAGCAGAGCGGCAGGAUCCAGGAGGGAGACGUCCUUUUGGCCAUCAAUGGCCAAUCACUCAAGGAGCUGUCCUAUCCAAAAGUGCUGAGGCUGUUCAAGAUGUCACCACCUGAGGUUCGACUGACUCUCUAUCGGCCAGCCCACGGGAUGCUUCCUUCCAUCGAUCAGUUCACCGGCACAUGA